GCAGCACCACUGCGCUGCGUUUCCGCCUUGGCUGAGCGGCGCACACAGCCGAGAGGGGAGGGGAGGCAAGCCGAGAAGAAGAGCGGAGCCACCGAGACGCAGUGGGGCACAGCACGGAGCAAAUUACACCGACGCACCCUAACAUCCCAGCAGUCCGUCUCCAAAUCUCCACGUCAAGAAGCGAACCUGUGCGGUGCGCGCCAGAGCUUUUCAGCAUGGAGACUGCGCUAAAAAACAAGCACUAAAAUGUGAGAUUAACAGAGGAAAUCAGAAGAGAGAGAGAGAGAGAGAGAGAGAGAGAGAGAGAGAGCGUGUGUGUGUUUGUGUGUGAGGGAGAAAGUGACUAUCCCCUUUAUCUUUUGCGGGUGAUCUCAAUUCUGUGCUCUGUAGUCCGAAAAUGAAGAAGUUCAACAUCAGGAAGGUGCUGGACGGCUUGAAAGAGGUGUCCUCCUCCACCCCGUCUGUCCAAGUGGGGCCACAGGAGAACCAUCUGAUCCAGGAGACCAUCCAGUCCGACCAUUUCCAGCUCUGCAAGACUGUCCGUCAUGGAUUUCCCUAUCAGCCGUCGUCCAUGGCUUUUGACCCCGUGCAGAAGAUACUGGCCAUCGGCACCCAGAGUGGGGCUCUCAGAUUGUUUGGGCGCCCAGGUGUGGAGUGUUACUGCCAGCACGAAAGUGGAGCGGCCGUCAUCCAGCUACAGUUUCUCGUCAAUGAGGGUGCGCUGGUGAGUGCUCUGGCUGACGACAGUGUUCACCUGUGGAACCUGAGGCAGAAGAGACCAGCCAUCCUCCACUCUCUCAAGUUCAACAGAGAGAGAAUAACUUUCUGCCACCUGCCCUUCCAGAGCAAAUGGUUGUACAUUGGCACAGAACGAGGGAACAUCCACAUCGUCAACGUGGAGUCCUUUACGCUCUCAGGCUACGUCAUCAUGUGGAACAAAGCCAUUGAACUGUCCUCCAAGGCUCACCCUGGACCAGUUGUCCACAUAAGUGACAAUCCCAUGGAUGAGGGAAAGCUUAUAAUUGGAUUUGAGUCUGGGAUCGUGGUCCUGUGGGAUCUGAAAUCAAAGAAGGCUGACUAUCGCUACACUUACGAUGAGGCAAUCCACUCAGUUGCCUGGCAUCACGAGGGCAAGCAGUUCAUUUGCAGUCACUCAGAUGGGACUCUGACCAUAUGGAACGUCAGAGGCCAGGGCAAACCCAUACAGACAAUCACCCCACACGGAAAACAGCCCAAGGACGGAAAGAAGCCAGAGCCUUGUAAACCCAUUCUCAAAGUGGAGUACAAAACCACUAGAAAUGGGGAACCCUUUAUAAUCCUGUCUGGUGGUCUGUCCUAUGACACUGUGGGCCGGCGGCCUUGUUUGACGGUAAUGCAUGGGAAGAGUACUGCUGUGCUGGAGAUGGACUAUCCUAUAGUAGACUUCCUCACACUGUGUGAGACACCAUACCCUAAUGAUUUUCAGGAACCUUACGCUGUGGUGGUCCUUCUAGAGAAGGAUUUAGUGGUGAUCGACCUUGCACAAAAUGGUUAUCCCAUAUUCGAGAACCCCUAUCCUCUGACUAUCCACGAGUCUCCUGUGACCUGCUGCGAGUACUUUGCCGACUGCCCUGUGGACCUCAUACCUGCACUUUACUCUGUUGGCUCGCGACAGAAACGACAGGGCUACAGCAAGAAGGAAUGGCCUAUUAGUGGUGGAAACUGGGGUCAAGGUACACAGAGCUAUCCAGAGAUCAUCAUCACUGGGCACGCUGAUGGAACUGUGAAGUUCUGGGAUGCCUCUGCAAUAAUGCUCCAGGUGCUCUAUAAGCUCAAAACAGCCAAAGUGUUUGACAGGAACCGGUCCAAGGAAGACAAGGGCAGUACUGAGGUGUCAGAUGAAGACCCCUUUGCUAUUCAGAUCAUGGCCUGGUGCCCUGAGAGUCGGAUGCUGUGUGUGGCCGGGGUGUCAGCCAAUGUUAUCAUCUACCGCUUCAGCAAGCUGGAAGUAACUACUGAGGUGGUGCAGUUACUAGAGGUUCGAAUGCAGUAUGAGCUGAAUGACAUAGACACUCCAGACGGCGGGGGAGAACAGACAUCGGCGCUUCCCACCCCUGGUGCCUCCCCUCAGACAAGUGGCCCACCUUCACACCCCUCCACCAGCAGCAACAACUCUGAUGGCAGCAACAUUCCCUGCCUCAAAGUGCGUAGUACUCCUCUGAAGCAGUCUCCUGGUUACCAGGUAGAUCUGGUGGUCCAGUUAGUGUGGGUGAGUGGAGAGCCUCCUCAGCAGAUCACAAGUCUGGCGCUCAAUUCCUCCUACGGCCUAGUGGUGUUUGGCAACAGUAACGGUCUGGCGGUGGUGGACUACAUCCAGAAGACGGUAGUGCUCAACUUGGGGACGGUCGAGCUUUACGGCUCCAAUGACCCCUACCAGAGACAGCCCCGCUCGCCAAGAAAGACCCGACAGCCCUCUGGAGGUCUGUGCGACAUUAACGAGGGCUCAGCCACAUCAGAGGACCGCUGCAAGUCCCCUACUUCAGCAAAGAUGUCACGGAAAUUAAGCUUGCCUACUGAGCUAAAGCCAGACUUGGUCCUUCUGUCUGUAUGCCCGCCGCGGGGUGCCAACCCAUUAGACCACCGGGACAAUUCUUUCAGCCGCUCGCGCUCGUCCAGCGUCACCAGCAUCGACAAGGAAGCACGAGAGGCCAUCAGCUCCUUCCACUUUUGUGACGCCUUCGCCCGGAAGGGGGACAGCACUUUGACGCCCUGCCUGUAUGUGGGCACUACCCUGGGCACCGUGCUGGCUCUAGCUCUCACAUUGCCGCCUGCUGGGGAGCAACGGCAACUGCAGCCAGUUCUCAUUUCACCUACAGGUGGGAAAUGGGACAUCAGAAGGGAGGGAGCGAUGGAAAAUAGAUAUAGUUAUAGCAUGUUGGUACGGCUGAAGGGCAGCAUCAUGCGGAUGGCUUUCCUGGACUCAACAGGUUCCCUCCAGCCCCCUCCUUAUGAGCCUUGGUAUGAACCCAACGUGACAGCAGACGGGGAAGAAAGAGAGAAAGUCCGUAAGCGCAGGCCCGUCUCAGUGUCCCCAUCCACCUCCCAGGACCUCAGUGAGAGCCAGUAUGCUGUGGUGUGUUCAGAGAAACAGGCCAAAGUCGUGUCCCUCCCAUCCCAGACCUGCAUCCAUAAACACAGUAUCACAGAGGCUUCCUUCAUCCUGCGGGCAGAUGUGGUGCAGAUGAGCCAAGGCGUGUGUGUGGCGUGUUUCUGCGCCAAUGGCCACAUCAUGACCCUCAGUGUGCCGGGGCUGAGACCGCUCAUGGAUGUAAACUACCUGCCUUUGACAGACAUGCGGAUAGCCAGAACGUUCUGCUUCACCAACCUGGGUCAGGCCAUGUACCUCUGCUCCCCCACUGAGAUUCAGAGGAUCACUUACAGCCAGGACAUCUGUGAAAACCUGCAGGAGAUGCUGGGUGAGCUGUUUACACCCGUGGAGACACCAGAGGCCCCUAACAGAGGGUUCUUCAAAGGUCUCUUUGGGGGCGGAGCCCAGUCACUGGACAGAGAGGAGCUAUUCGGUGAGAUAGCAUCUGGAAAGGCAAACCGAAGUCUGGCCCAGCACAUCCCAGGCCCAGGUGGCCUUGAGGGAAUGAAGGGGGCAGCCUCUGGUGUGGUUGGAGAUCUGGCCCGCGCCCGGAUAGCACUGGAUGAAAGAGGCCAGAAACUGGGCGAGCUGGAUGAGAGGACAGCUGCUAUGAUGGCCAGCGCAGAUGUCUUUUCCAAACAUGCUCAUGAGAUGAUGCUGAAGUGCAAAGACAAGAAAUGGUACCAGUUCUGAUCGGUGACGGGGAAGGAGCAGAGCUCCAUGGACACAACUGUCACCUUCCAUUGGCUCAUUUGGACUCAACCUUGACCCCCCCACCCAUCCGUCUGUCCAUUCAUCUAUCCCUCCAAGCCUUCUUCACUGGGACACUUGGGAUUUUCUUCCCUAGCACAAUGUUGAAUACUGUUCUUACCUCAGUCUUAGGGUGGAACUGAGGGGGAGACAGGGGAGAAGGACAACCUCAGAGGGAGCAAAUAAAUUGUGUCUUUUUUUAUGUUUCUUGUUUCUUUGUUUAUCUCUGUUCAGCCUCUCCUCCAAGGUAGCCAAUUGGCCCACACACCUGGAGAUUCUUCAUUCUCAUUUGCCAAAAUGUCCUUUACUGUUGUCUCCACUCCGAGCCCAUUGGGGCCGGUAUUCAAACCGACGAACACAGCUGAAAAAAGACAAAUAUUUAAUGAAGAAACAGACUACAAAAAAUUCUUAAAAUGUAAAAAGAAGGGAAAAUAAUCUAAAUACAUCAUUAUAUAUACAUAAAUCUAAUAAAUGUGCAACACUGUAUCCACUUCAGAGUGACAAGUACUAAAGAAAGGGAGAACUCAUCGAGGAAACAAGAGCCGGGUUUGAAGGCUGAAGGAGGCAGCAUUGGAGAGCAACAGGAAGUGCUGCGACAGUGACGCCUCCUCUAUGCAGAGAGUUACAGGGAUAAAAGCAACUUAUUCUUAUGUACACUGGAUAUUUCACGCUAGACUCUCCUCUGUAUCUUACAGAUUUUCAUAUCGUUACCAACAGUGUGUGUGUUAAUUUCUAUUUUCUUGCCAUUCCUCAAUUUGUUAUUUGGGUUUUUUGCUCCGUCUGUAUUAUCGGAAAAUCUCUUAUUUUUCUAUUGCUGUGAAAGUGGAUGAUAUUUGAUUUGUUAAAAAAAUAUGUUUUGUGGCUUUUGUCUUUACAACUCAAAUUAAUUUCUCCUUAUGAAAAGGGCUGGAAUCUAAAUGGAGGGCAAGGAUAUAAAAGGCAUAUAUCAUUUAGUACUCACUGACAUGGCAACAUCAGAUUUCUUGGCUCUGAUAUCUUAAGCAUGUAUGAACCACACGCGUUUUAUGGUUUACCUUUCAUUUAUUGACCUAUCUGAUGUGAUGUGUGUGAACUGCCUCCCUCACCCUCUAAUGUCAAAAGCUUCCGCACUUUGGCUUAGUCUGUGAGUGUGACUACAAAUGCUGAUGAGAUGAAGUGUUGAAUACGUUUAUAGUUUAGCCAGAUUUAUUGGGUUUUCAGGAGUUUUUAAAUUUUAGAAUACACAUCAGCAUGGAAAUUACAUACACAUAAAUAGAAAUCCUUUCUAUGUGUAUUCACAUAUGCAGGAUACUGGAAAUAUGGAUGUAUAAUCCUUUAAAAAUAAACAUUUGAAAACAUA